UGGUUCCGCUAGGUAUAAUUGGGCACAUGGAAUUGAAGCCACCACAAUGGAUAUGAUUGGUGACGAACGAAUUAUUCGUAGUUUGAGAGUUUCCGUCACUUUGAGAAAAAUGAAAGAUGAACAACAAUCUUUAGAAUUUUCAGACAGUGAUUUGCACGUCAAAGUGCUUAACAUGCGAUCAUAA